AUGAUCCUGUACAAGGCAGACGACGCCUUGAUGUGCAAAGUGUUCGCGAUGACUCUUCGAGGGGCAGCUCAAGAUUGGUUCCACACUCUACCGUUCGCGUCAAUAGGCAACUUCAAGGAGUUCGCCAUCAUUUUCACAAAGGAGUACACCUCCUACAAGACGGUCAGAAAGCAUUCAGACCACCUGUUCAACCUGCGCAAGAAGCUAGACGAGUCUCUACGAGACUACCUGAGACGGUUUAAGGCUGAGAAGGCUAACAUCAUAGGAUGCAACGACCAAGUUGCAUCCUCAGCUUUCAAAAAGGGCUUGCCAACCGAGCACGAGCUAUACCGGGAGCUGGCCAUAACUCCAAGUCAAACCUUGGCAGAAGUGUUCGCGACGGCAGAGCGCUAUGCACUUUGGGACGAUGAUCGUAUCGCCGCAAAGAAAGCUAGCAAGCAAGUUGACCACCCGACGAAGCAGGCAAGCCAAAAGAGCAACAAGUUCGAGCAAAAAGCCCGAGAUAAGCGCAGAUCGCGGCCCCAAGAGGGAAGCUUAGAAACAGGGACCUUUACUGAGUUCGCUAUCCCAAUCCACCAGAUCCUAGCUCAGGUGAAGGAUAAGCCGUGGGUGAGGAGACCACCACCCAUGAAGGGAGACCCCUCUAAAAGAGACACCAGCAAAUACUGCGCAUUCCACGGGGAGCACGGUCAUUACACCAACAACUGCAACGCUUGGAAAAGGCACCUUGAGGAGCUGGUCAGAGAGGGCCAUUGCACAGAGUUCGUUGCAAAGAAGGCUAUCCAGCAGAUCGAGGAUCGUGAUACAGCUGCCAAUGAACCUCCCCAAAAGGUCAUUCGAAUCAACACCAUUCUAGCCGACUCCCAAGAGUCCAGGCUGACCACCAAGGAGCGCAAGAGAAAGAUCGCUCAAGCAACUUAUGUCUCCCAAGUCACAACGAGAGUACCAGCCAUUGUGGAUACACAUAUCAUCGGCUUCCAGAAGAAGGACUUGAUCGGGCUUGACCUGCCACAUAAUGACGCCCAAGUCAUCUGCAUCCAAAUUGAACAAGCUGUGAUCGAGCGAAUGGGGUUCGAGCCCAAGAUUAGCAAACUUGCCAGAUCGCUCACCGGCUUCAAUGGGGCCACAUCAAUCACUGUUGGAACGAUCGACUUGGAUGUCCACUCACCCCCAGUGGUCUACUCGCAGACCUUCAUGGUCAACGACGAGGUUUCCCCCUACAACGGAAUCUUGGGUCGACCGUGGAUCAGCAAGAUCGAGGCAAUCACAUCUGCUCUACAUCAGAAGAUCCGCUAUCCCAUCCCUGGGGGUAGGAUCGGGCAGAUCAACAGUGACCAAGCCAUGGCAAGGAGAUGCACCGCCCAAGGGCUCAAGAAGAGCAAGCAGCUGCAGUUCACACUAGCAGUGCAAGCUACCAACGAGGCAGGAAGCGCUCUUAGCAGACAAGCAAACCCGAAAGGGAAGGAAGUUGUUGCCUCACAAUAG